CAUUUCUGCAGACUGGAGAUUGGACUUGUCUCCAGAUACUUACUGUGCGCAGUUCUGGAAUGCAGGCUGCCUCUGGAUUGGGGCCGGGGGGACUCCCGUCCACAGGAGUCCGCUUGGGUCCUGGUCUCCUGCCCUGUCCCCUGCUGUGUGACCAUGGGGUUUUUGGGCCAACGCGCGCCGGCUCCCUGCAUUCUGCUCAGGGAUGGUAGCUGUGCUGUUCAGUCUGCCCUGGAGGAGCCCUCCUGCUGCCAUUUCUCUCCGAAAGUAGCGGGCCCGGACCGAAGGGGGGCUCUCGGAGGUGCUGUGAGCUCCGUUGUGCAGACACAGAGACCGCCUGAGACCCCGUGCCCUGCCUUGUGGUUUCCUCUAGGGCUUGGGACCCUGGCGAAGGACCGUGUCGGUCCCGGCGUCUUCUCCUGCUGAGCCAUGGCAACCCCGGAUGUGAGCGUCCACAUGGAGGAGGUGGUGGUGGUGACGACGCCGGACACGGCGGUGGAUGGCAGCGGCGUGGAGGAGGUGAAGACUGUGCUGGUGACGACCAACCUGGCUCCUCACGGGGGCGACCUGGCGGAAGACAGUAUGGAGACGGAAAAUGCAGCGGCGGCUGCCGCGGCCGCGUUCACAGCAUCCUCGCAGCUCAAGGAGGCCGUGUUAGAAGUGAAGGUGGCUGAAGAGGAGGAGGGCCUGGAGGCUGAAAUCGUGUACCCCAUUACCUGCGGGGACAGCAGGGCCAACCUGAUCUGGAGGAAGUUUGUGUGUCCGGGCAUCAAUGUGAAGUGUGUUCAGUAUGACGAGCAUGUGAUCAGCCCAAAGGAGUUUGUGCACCUGGCUGGCAAGUCCACACUGAAGGACUGGAAGAGGGCCAUCCGGAUGAACGGCAUCAUGCUCAGGAAGAUCAUGGACUCCGGGGAGCUGGACUUCUAUCAGCACGACAAGGUCUGCUCCAACACCUGCCGCAGCACCAAGAUCGACCUCUCGGGCGCCCGCGUGUCACUGAGCAGCCCCACCUCCGCCGAGUACAUUCCACUCACACCGGCCACGGCCGAUGUGAACGGGUCUCCCGCUACCAUCACCAUAGAGACCUGUGAGGACCCCGGUGACUGGACCACGGCCAUCGCAGAUGACACAUUUUCCUUCUGGCGAGGGCUCAAGGAUGCUGGUCUGCUGGACGAGGUCAUCCAUGAGUUCCACCAGGAGCUGAUGGAGACCAUGAAGGGCCUGCAGCAGCGGGUCCAGGACCCUCCCCUGCAGCUCCGAGAUGCCGUCCUCCUCAACAACAUCGUGCAGAACUUCGGCAUGCUGGACCUGGUGAAGAAGGUGCUGGCCAGCCACAAGUGCCAGAUGGACCGCUCCCGGGAGCAGUACGCCCGGGACCUGGCAGCCCUGGAACAGCAGUGUGAUGAGCACCGACGUCGAGCCAAGGAACUCAAGCACAAAUCUCAGCACCUCAGCAACGUGCUUAUGACACUCACGCCCGUCUCCCUGCCGCCCCCUGCGAAGCGGCCACGGCUCGCGAGGGCCACGUCCGGGCCGGCCGCCAUCGCCUCGCAGGUGCUCACCCAGUCUGCCCAGAUCGCCCUCAGCCCCGGCGUGCCAGUCUCCCAGCUGACCGGCGUGCCGCUCGGCAAAGUAGUGUCCGCCCUGCCCUCUCCUGCGCUGGGCAAGGGGCCCACGCAGGCUGCUCCCGCUGGCUCGCCAGCCUCGCCGCUGCUCGGGGGCUACACGGUGCUGGCCUCGUCGGGUGCCACCUUCCCCAGCACGGUGGAGAUCCACCCGGACGCGUCCAGCCUCACGGUCCUGAGCACGGCCGCCAUGCAGGACGGCAGCACUGUGGUCAAGGUGGUGAGCCCCCUACAGCUGCUCACCCUGCCCGGCCUGGGCCCCACCCUGCAGAACGUGGCUCAGGUGUCGCCCGGGGGCAGCACCAUCGUGACAGUGCCCACAGGGGCCGUUGAGAGCGCCGUGGCCGCCUCGGGCCCCGAGGAGCACACUGCCACCAUCGAGGUGGCCGCCAUGGCGGAAGGCCGUGAGCACAAGUAGACGUGGGUGGAGGACGAGGCCCGCCGUGGGCACAGGGCCGGCCGCCUCUCCUCAGGCCGCGGCCGGGCGGGAGCACAGUGCCAGCGCCCUGCGGGCCACGUUGGGCUGAACCAAAGAGAGGAAACACCAAAACAGACGGCAAGAAAAAGGGAUCGAACACAACAGACCUGUGCGGUCAGCCCUCCACUCGGAGCCUCCUCCCCCUUCUUUCUUGGGAAAUACAUUUUUCCAUCUGUUGCUUGUUGAUACUGUUUACACGUCAGGCCUGAUGAGGAGCCGGACAGAGAGGAUGAGGAGGCAGAGCCGGGGAGUGGGGUGCGGACUCUGUGGGUGCGAGGGGCCCCUGGGUGGGCCGGAGCCGGCUGGGGGAGGGGGUGUCGCUAACACAUGUCUUGGGAACCGUCCCCAAGUGUGGAAACCCAUGGAUCCUAUGGAUUUGGUUUCUUCCCACAGUUUUCUGUAGGUUUAGUGUGGCCUGGCACCCUGUUCCCCUGUCUCCGGGACAGCGUGGGUGCUGCUGCGGGUCUGCGCGUGGCCCCGGUCUUGGGGUGGGGGGGCUGGGACUGGAGUGUGGACCCAGGGCCCUGACAGCUUGAGUUUGCCAUCUGCCUUGGGGCGAGAACGGGGCAGUACCCCCACCUCCCUCUGCCCGGCAGGUGCUCAGCACCAGGGGCCGUUGCACACGCACUGUGGGUGUUUUUAAGUGAAUUGUUUAGUAGGCUUCUUGCAAGAGUCAAAUUUAUAGCAUUUUCAAACUAAACAAUGCUGAGUGCCUAGGCUUCCCGAGUUCGCUCUGGGUUCCAGAGUGUUUUGUACAGGACCAUAGGGAUGGCCCGCGGGCGACUGUGCUGGUGGUUCCUGCUGUGAGCUGUCAGCACCAGCAGGCCCCCCCCCCCACCCCAGGGGAGUGUGACGGUGGCUGUGCCCCUGGGGCUUUGGUCCCCGGGGGGGGCGGGUGGUGGUAGGGUGCAAACAGAAUAAGUCAGGUGCGGAGGAAGACUUUUGGGGGCUUAGUAUCGACUCCUGUGCUCAGUCCGCUGGUGGGGCCACCGUGACAGCUUGGCCCCUGGGCUCCCUGGGACUCCCCUGGCCCCCUGCUGGCUGACACUGGUGCCUGAGGGCACUUGGGAGGCCCAGACUGCCCAUGGGCACGGCCACGGCCGCCAUGGGCUGUCACCAGGUCUGUUUGAGACCCAGGAGGAGGACCAGGUAGGGGUCCCCUGGAGGCCUGGCGCCCUCUCCAUCAGCACCCCACGGCAGGCCCGAGCCUUCAAGUGGCAGGUUCCCGUGCCCCCCCGCCCCCCAACCCUCCAGAUCUUUUGCCUGCUGAAGACUCUUUCUUCUCUAGGGGAAGGCAGGGGGGAACUCCAGAGACAAGCCACUGCCCCACUUUGUGCUUUGAAGGGAACUGGGUUGUUUGUCCGUCCUUCCAUCUGUCAGGUGCCCCAGAACUACCUGAGCGGGUCUUGGCCCCCGAGUCAAGCCACUGGGGUGGUCUUUUUCCGUUUUCUUUCUGUUGCGAACUAGUUUGUUGUUGUCAUGGGUCAGCUGGUGUCUAUACUCCUCUCCACUGAGUCCUGACGCCUUCGGCAGUGUGACCCCGCGGGCGUGGGCACGGCCCAGCUAGUCCUGCCCGUCUGCACCAGCUCAGACCAUACAGGAAACUAUGUGGCUGAUAAGACCACGGUUUGCUCUUGGAGCCUUUGUCAAAGUCGGGCGCACCCGCCCCCUUUGAAGCUGCCACCCCUGCUCUCAGACCACAGGGCACUGGAGGGAAGUUCACACCAGAGCUUCAGAAAUGACCGCAGCCCCUCCCCCUGCCUGGCACCUGUGCCACCCCGGGAGGGUGCGAGCGCCCCUUCCAGUCCCCUGGGGCCAGAACCGCAGGCUGCUUCUGGGGGCAGGGUCGGUGCCUGGGGCAGGGAAGCAUCCGGGUUCUACUUUGUACGUUGUUUUGCAAGUAUCUGCUUGGUACUUUGAUUUAAAGUAAAAACAUUUUUCGUAA